AUGGGCAAGUACAAUCAUAUCCCUGAACUCGCCGGUUCCGAUAAUUACCUUGGAUGGAAGCGCGACCCUUCCAAACCUCGUGAAUUUGCCAGUUAUUGUCCCGUCGCUGUGGAUCCACUUCGUCCCACUGCCUCAGAAUCCAAAAUCAUGGACGAUUGGAUUCUCCGCGACUGUGCUGCCAAAUCCCUUAUUAGUCGGAAAGUUUCGUCAACUGUCUCCAAAUUACUUCCCGAUGAUGUCAAUUUGACUGCUCGGGAUUGUUGGAACACUUUGGCUGCCCAUUUCCAUCACAAUGCCUCUUCUCUCCAAUUUGAACUGCACUCUCGCAUGUCGCUGCUUCACAUGAAGGAUCUAGAUGACGCCGAGCGUUUCCUUUCUGAAUGGAAGGACAUUGCCCAAUGCUUCUCUGACCUCUCUGCUGAUUCUUUAUCUGAUGAAGAGGCCAUUUUCAAUUUUGUGGGGGGCCUUCCUGCCACUCCUACUUGGGACACUUUCAAAUCUCAUCACACCCGCUCUCUACAACGCGCUUCUCGCGGUAUUGUUGAUAUUGGUGGUGUCUCCACCCCAUUCUUUGUCCUCGCCAUUGAUCCUUCUUUUGAUCUUGUUCUUCGCAAUUUCAGCUCUGAGGUCUCCCGUCUGAAAGGGGAGCGUCUCUACCAUCACUCUACACCCAAAUUUGUGCACACUGGGAUCACCCACACCUCCAAACCUUUCCCUUCUCACUCUUCUCAGCCCCGCAUCCAUAAAAACAACCCUUCCCUGCACCAACCCCGCCUGUGCUUCUAA